AAUCACUGGUUUCUAUUGGAAUCCAGAUUGGCACAUCAUUCACUCAAUAUAUGUUUAAGUUUGAAGAAUCAAAACAGUUUCGUCAGCCUAAAUGGGGUGAAGAGUACGGGCUGAACACCCCAAACACACCAACCUGCAUUCUGUUUGAUGAAUAUGGAGAGUUUUUAAAGUUUGGUUAUGAUGCGGUAAUGACAUACACCAGGCUGACACCGAGAGACAAGGCACAGAAACUUUACUACUUUGAAAACUUCUCACUGGAGCUCAAAGACAAGGUGUUACACAGAGAUCUGAAGAUAACUGCCAAAAAUGGUAAAACAAUGACAGCUCUGAAAGUUUUCUCUGAGAGUCUAAAGUUCAUGAAAGAUCACGCUUUGGAUGUGAUUGAACGACACACAUCUGGAGUGAAGUACUCUGCCUCUGAUGCUACAUGGGUUUUGACAGUUCCAGCCAUUUGGAGCUCAGCAGCUAAACAGUUCUUCAGAGAAGCAGCUACAGAGGCUGGUCUGGUGACAGAAUCUGAUCCUGAAAACCUGAUUGUAGCUCUGGAAUCAGAAGCUGCAGGUGUUUGGUGUAAACAGCUCCCAAAGGAAGGUUUUAUGGAAGGAGAUCUUACAGAAGCAGAGACCAUAGAGGAGAUCUCAGGAACACAGUACAUGGUGGUGGACUGUGGAGAUGAAAGCAUUGACAUCACAGUCCAUAAAAUGGUGGAUGGAGGUCGUCUAAAGGAGCUGCACAGGGUAUCAGGAAAUGACGUGGGUGGACGGAGAGUAGACAAGAACUUCAUAUCAUUCCUCAGAGAGAUAUUCUCUGAUGAAGUGUUCGAUGAGUUUGAGAAAAGUUCUCCCAGUGAGCUGAAGAGGUUGAUGUAUGAUUUUUCUAUCUGUAAGCGUUAUGACGGAGGGGUGAUGGUGCAGUGUCCUUAUAGCUUACAACAGCUAGCCGGGAAAGUAAAAGACGUAGAAGAUUAUUUUGAGGGAAACAGAGAUGCUGAAUGGGAAAGUGGCCAAAUAGUGCUGUCAGGGGCAAAGAUGAGAGCUCUACAUGAUGACAGUCUCAGAGGCAUAGAAAGCCUGAUAGAAGGAAUACUGGAAAAAUGCAACCUGAACAUCAGAUAUAUCUUCUUGGUUGGAGGCUUCGCCUUGAUUCCUAAGGUGAACAGCUUUGUUAAAGGGAAAUUUGGGUCAAAGUACAAGGUGCUCUGCCCUGUGGAUGCCAAGAUGGCUGUUGUGAGUGGAGCUGUUCUGCUUGGAUCCAUGCCGAACGUGGUUGAAUCAUGAAUCUGAGUACUGUGAUGUUUGCUUUCACUGCCUGGGAAUAUAUUUGAUGAAGGUAAAGGGUUCACCUUACUACAGCUGAUUCAGCACUGUUAGUGUGAAAUCUGAUUAAAUAACUGGAUUCAGUUGUGGUCAUUUUGAACAUAUUUAUAAUCUUUGGGGUUUGUCACUUGUUACAUCCCUAGGAUGUAUGUUUUGUUUGUUUUGUUUUGUUUGCUUCUCUUUCUCUCUCUCUCCCUCUCUCUCUCUCUCUCUCUCACUCACUUAUUAUGAACCUGCCCACUCAUGCGUGUGAUUAGCUGGAGUCCCGUAAUGAUGCCUGCAUCUGAUUGGCUGGCUGCGAUUGCAUGGAGUAUUUCUUUGACGGCUGCGC